CUGCAGCCCCGAUCUCCACGCGGGGCAGCCGCGGGGGAGCACUGUCUUCGGUUGGGACGCGUGCCGCGCACUAGGCACCGCCCGAGCACGAGCCAGGCUGCACGGAAACAAGGCAUAUAUCUAGUCUUUCAGACAAAGCAGUCUAGUCACUCAUCGAAAACUCACUGCGUGCCCUCCUGGGUGGCUCUACAAUGAGUGCCAAGUCUGCCAUCAGCAAGGAAAUUUUUGCACCUCUUGAUGAAAGAAUGCUGGGAGCUGUCCAAGUCAAGAGAAGGACAAAGAAAAAGAUUCCUUUCUUGGCAACUGGGGGUCAAGGCGAAUAUUUAACUUAUAUCUGCCUGUCAGUGACAAACAAGAAACCCACACAGGCAUCUAUCACGAAGGUCAAACAGUUUGAGGGCUCCACAUCAUUCGUCCGAAGAUCCCAGUGGAUGCUUGAGCAGCUCCGCCAAGUUAAUGGUAUUGAUCCUAAUCGGGAUUCUGCAGAGUUUGAUUUGUUGUUUGAAAAUGCCUUUGACCAGUGGGUUGCUAGCACGGCCUCAGAAAAGUGCACCUUCUUCCAGAUCCUCCACCACACCUGCCAGAGGUACCUCACAGACAGGAAGCCAGAGUUUAUUAACUGCCAAUCCAAAAUUAUGGGAGGAAACAGCAUCCUCCAUUCAGCAGCGGAUAGUGUGACCAGUGCGGUACAGAAGGCAAGCCAGGCCUUGAAUGAGCGAGGGGAACGGUUAGGCCGAGCAGAGGAGAAGACAGAAGACAUGAAGAACAGUGCCCAGCAGUUUGCAGAAACUGCACACAAGCUUGCCAUGAAGCACAAAUGUUGAGAAACUGCCUAUCCUUGUGAACCUCUAAAGAAAGUGGAGGAGUUUGGUCAGCAGUUAUUCCAAGACUUCCAGACGGCUUCUUCUUCGGUUUUGCUGUUUGUUGGUUGGUUUGUUUGUUUGUUUGUUUUCCCAACAUAAGGACAUUGAAGGGUAUGGUUUUUCAUCAUGAGAUGUUAAUAUGAAUGAAAGGCGGCGGUGUUGUGUGCACACAUUUCCCUAUCUUGCUAAGGAAUGCUGCAAUAGCAUCAACUUCAUUUUUAUUUUUUUUCCAUUGUGUGUGUGUGUGAGUGCGAGUCUGUGUGUUAUCUGUGUGUGUGCACAUGUUCCUUUUGAAGGAAAAUUGUUUUUGUAGUUCAAAUAUAAAAUUCAGACCAAAUAAUAAGCCAGGUAUAAAUUAGCAAAAUGUAUUUUUUUUUCUCUCUUUCUCUGAAACUAAGCAACAAAAUAGUUCAAUAUGGUGGCAUCAGAUGAUGGUGCUGGAUACAAAUAAAAGCUGAGCAGUGUUUUUACUCACUCUCCUAGUCCUCUUAAUUUAAAGAGCAAAAUUAAAAUUCAUUAUCCUGAGAUGCAAGUCUGUACUGUAGAAAACACAUGGAUGUAUCAGGGGAAUUGGAUUUUGUCUUUUUAUGUUAAUCUUUUUGCGUGAACCAUCAAGAGCAUUCACAAAACAAAUCAGAAUCUCAAAUAGAAAUCUACUCUCUGGGCUGAUGCAUAAACAUUUCUGCUCUUUCCUUCUCGUCUGAUUAGUUGAAAUUAUCAUAUGAAGGAUAAAAAUUUUAAUGUAAAGACCUACUGUAAAGCCUAUUUAAAAAUCUUUGUGCAUUUAUGGAUAUUUCUUUUGUUGUCAUUGUCCUAAAUUAUCAUAGCUGGAAAGAGAGAGGGGGGACUUAUAUUUCUAACAAUAAAUAAUGUAUCUAGGGUCAAUGAGGUGGCUCAGUGAAUGAAGAUGCUUAUAGCAUAAACCUGAUGACUAGAUUCCACAGAUUUGACCUCUGACCUCCACACAUGUGUCCUAGCAUACAUAUGCCCAGCAUAUAAAACACACAAAUAACAUAAUAAUGAAUUAAGUCAAAUAAAAAUAAAUGAUUUGUCUAGAUAAAAGGAUGCAAAUUAUAGUAUGGAAAGAUGCUACUGUAUUUUUUUUCUCUUUUUUAACAAAACUAUACCCAAUUUUAGAGGCACUCUCACAAGACCCUUGAGAAAGAACUUUUAGUUUCUUGGUAUCUUGGUUUUGGAGGUUCCGGUAUUGUUGUGGUUUUUAGUUUCUUUUGUGUUGUUUAACAUGUACUUCUUGACAGAUUGCAUACUGUCUGUUUCAACUUGCCUGAUCUGAUACAGACAGCAUGGCUACAAGCCUUUACCUUGCUGUCAUAUUGAAGAGUCUCUUCCAGGCCUUUGGAUUGUGUGUUGCUCAAGGUAAUACUGCACUUAACUGUGGAGACUUUGUUUUCUCAAGGGUUAAAAGCUAAACAUUAAAAAUAAAAAAUGCUUGUUCCUCAUAAAGCAAUGAGGCGAGCUAUAUAUGCCAGAUACUGCAGUGCAUGGAGUUUUCAGAUGCCUGGGGUCUUCAGAACCCUUUCCUUCUUUGCUCUCCACUGAGUCACCUGUUUACUUGUGACGUAGUCUCUAAUGCAGCAACAUGAGAUGACUUUAGAUUAUUAAUGCUGAUUUAAAUAGCUUAAGUUCUCCUAAUAACGCAUCCCCUGAGAAAGCACAUUUCUAUGGAAUAGCAUAGGUAUAAUGUCAGGAAGAGGAUGGGAUUUGCUGCAAAAAAGUGUAAGAAUCCUCUUGGGUAGAUUAUCCAGGUGAAGAACAUACUGUAAAAUGUACAUAGAGGAUUAUGAAUGUUUACUAUACCUUACAUUUUUCUUUAGGUGUCUUAUAAUUUUUUUUUUAAAAAAAGUCAGGAACCUGCCAUCUGCUGACUAGUGGAACUGUCUGAUUCGUAAAAAAUAAGAAUAAAAAGAAAAAGCGCCCAAAGAACACUCCAAAUUGGUCUCAUUUGCAGACUUUAUCUCAGAAAACAUGAAUAUUUGUCUUCUAGAACUGGGUUCUAGUUUCAGAGAGUUAAUAUACAGAGUUGAGAGAAAUAGUCUAACUUCCCCGCACAAGUCAACAAUAAAAUUGCUUGUUAGAUACCUGACAACCAACUUUGGGGCAUCUGUUUCUGAACAGGCAGAAGCAUACUGUGAAAGCGGAGUCUUCCCCUUUUAGUUGUUUUCUAUGAAUGUAAGUGCCCUGUACCUGCCCUCUUUCCAUUCUCUCUCUUGAUCACUUUUGGCCUAAAUCUUGUUGGAAAUAGUCUGAACUAAAAGAAAAGCCCACCUGGAGCUCUGCUAGCUUCCUCUACUGAUCAAUCAGCAUCUAGGCCAUCACCAUGACCUUGGUCUGUGAUCCAUCUUGCUUGUCUUCCACCAAACACAUGGACUAUAACAGCAAUUGCUGCCCCUUUUCAGCUGUCCAGCCUCUUGCAGAGAAACCCCUGAUGACACAUGUGAAAUCCAUUGCAAUCCUUUUGUAGAAGGUGUUGCAAUAUAAAACGCUAUUACAGUGUAACUGGCAUGAAUUUGCUAAGAGGACUCCUGUCAUAAGGGACCAAGUCAUUUGGUUGAGCUUGCUAGAAGACGUACAGUGUUGAUUUUAUUUCUGCACUUCAUUAUGAAUUUUGGAAAUGCGGUCUUUCUCUGAAGGACUUUGUGAAUUGUAUUGCAUAAAAUUAUAAUGCAUAAAAAUUAUAAUGCAUUAAAAAGGGAACUUGCCAGCAUUUCCACUUCUUCCUGGAAUGUUGCCAUAGUGUUCUUCACUAGUAUGAUUAGCUAUCUAUGUCCAGGCUCUAUGCAGUUAUUCAGGUUGAUGUUUCAUUUUAAAGAAUGUACUUGUAAAAUGUAACAAGACCAGUAGCUAACUUUUUUUAAGGUCUGGUAGAAGUAAUAUUAUGUGUUAGACUUAAAAUUAUAGUGAAAUCUGUUUUAUACUAUUGUGACUAGCAAAGAUUAUGCAUUUAUGUAGAAACAGUUACAGAGUGCCCUAUAUAAGAGAUACUAGUUAAGAUAGGUUUCACUCCUAAUUAUCAGAAUUGUGAUGCUGCUAAUGUGUGUUGUUCUUGGUUUUUCAGAAAUUCUCUAUGAUACUGAGUACAGUACCAUUUUUGUUUCAUUCAGAGACAAGUUAACAACUGUUCUGUUGGUUCACUCUUAUAGCAACUUGGAUUUUGUCAUUAAAUAUUUUAACUCUCUGGUGAA